UGCACGCUUUUUGGUGCCAAUCGCCAUAACCAACUCCGCGCCGUUCGGACUAGACGCAUAUCAACAUUCGGUUCGUCCUUUGAGUAGAUCUGCAGCGUGUCCGAAUCGAGCAAGAUGACGAAGGGAAAGAAGUGGGUUCUGGAGAAGCAUUUCCAGGGAAUGCCCAAGAGGAGCGACAUGAAGAUCGUUGAGUUCGAUAUACCGCCGAUCAAGGACGGCUCGGUUCUGUUGGAAGCAGUCUACCUCAGUUUGGAUCCGUAUAUGAGGCCGUACACAGCUACAAUGCCAGAAGGGAUCACCAUGAUCGGCGAGCAAAUAGCAAGGGUAAUCGAGAGCAAGAACACCGAGUUCCCGCUCGGUACCAACGUGCUGACCCACGCUGGCUGGGUCAGCCACUCCGUGUCUGACGGGAAGAAUCUGACCAAGAUACCGCCAUAUCCAAAGGGAGUGCCGCUAUCUCUGGCCUUGGGAACUCUGGGCAUGCCCGGUAUGACAGCCAAUUACGGUUUGGUUGAUAUCUGUGCGCCCAAGGUUGGUGAGGUGGUCGUAGUCAGCGGUGCAGCCGGGGCAGUCGGUAACGCGGUGGGACAAAUAGCCAAAUUCAAGGGCUGUAAAGUCAUCGGCUUCGCCGGCUCGGAAGAGAAGGUGACCUGGCUGAAGGAGCUUGGAUUCGACGAAGCCUUCAACUACAAGACCAUCAAGGAUCUGGACGCUACUCUGAAGUCGGUCGCCCCCAACGGCAUUGACUGCUACUUUGACAACGUGGGCGGAGAGUUUUCCAACACCGUACUCAACAACAUGGCACGGCUCGGACGUGUCGCUUGCUGUGGCGCUAUAUCGGUGUACAACGACACCAAGCCACUCAUGUUGCCCGCUAUACACGGUACUCUAAUCUCCAAGGAGAUCACCAUGACAGGCUUCAGAGUUGUUAGCUACCGUGACCGCUACCCCGAAUGGAUCCAACGAAACAUCCAGUGGAUUAACGAGGGAAAGUUGAAAUACAAAGAGCACGUCACCAAGGGAUUCGACAACAUGUUCGAUGCAUUCAUGGGGCUGUUCUCCGGAGCAAACACCGGUAAGGCCGUCGUUGAGGUCUAAAAACCCCUGGCUACGUCGUUUCUAAACCCAGUUGCAUUGUUGAUGAUGGGAAGAGACAGAGUGACGAUAGUUUUUCGAUUAUUUCAUAGCUUUUGCUCAUUUUAAGUUUGACUUUAGCUCGAGAUGAUUAUGUACUGAGAAGUUCAGUUUUGUGGUUUUAAAGGAUGGUUUAUACUUCACGCGAAUUUCAGCGCGAAGCGAAUUCGUUAGCGUAAUGGCGAACAUCAGGAUGAAACUUCAAUGUCGUCAUGAAGUUCGCUUCGUUUCCAGUUUUGUGAAAUAUCAACCAGCCCAGAUCCAGAGCACAAUUUUGUUUGGGGGACCAAAAAAAAGUUGUUCUCUGAAAAAGUGGGUCCAAAUUAUCCUCGCCCCAAAUUAAAUAUGAAAAGCAAGGGUGGGGCGCGGCGAGGUAUUGCUUUUGUUGAGUUUUGUGGGUGGUGUAUACGCAGUGUCUGCUUUUUUUUGCGGCGGCACUAAAAAACAAUUGUUUCGUUUUUGGGGAAGUCAUGGCCCCCGUUGGCCCCUAGAUCCGCCGUUGACUAUUAACCUGCUUUAUACGGUUGGAUGAGUAAACUUGGAUCCCAAGUGCUUUUUUUUUUUAAUUAGCAUUGUUUUUAGUUUGCUUUUGGCUUAAUAAUGUGGAAGACCGUAUAGCAAGUUACGAUCUGAAAUGUUUUAUACUUUAUAUGUUUUUAAAUGUUUUGUCAUGCAAUUAUCUGUUUAUGCCUGAUGUUCUGAAGUUCUAUUCAAAAUAGAGGCUAUUAACUAAUUGGUAUUUGAAGAACAUCGAAGGCGAAAAAUGCCAUCGAAAUAUGCAAUAUCAAGAUGUUUGUAUAAGAAUCAUAACAGUGUAAGUGCAUCAAAAAAGUCUGAAAUGCAGAAUUCAGGCUAAUGCUAUUUUAGUUAGUAUUUGAGCCGAUAUCUCAUGAAAUAAUUAGUUUAGAUACAUUGUACAACUUUAUUUUAGGUACGACUUUUGUUUAAGAUAAAUCUAUUAUUUUAAAGUAUGAAGCUUGGUUUUAACAUUUAAAAGUAGUAUUGCGCCAUUUUUUUUCUCAAAAGUAUAAGUGGAGUUGUCUGCAAGACUGUACGUGCUUGUAUUGUAAGGACAUUAACUUUAAUAUUUUAUACUAUAUUUCACCAUGGAGCUAUAAAACACGUUUUAUAGCUCCAUGAUUUCACUGUGUACUCGGUACGUGCGAUCAUUUGCUUUUUGUGCCCUCUCCACGUUUGAAGCAACACAAUUGCCCAACAUUUUAAGUAGGGUGCAUAACAGCUAACCUGUUGAAGUGUCAGCUCAGUAGCUGCUACAAAUUUUGAUAAAACAAGCACAAAUAUAACAUACACAAUUCGCCUCGUAAUUACUGGAUUCCGUUGCUGACACGCUGGUUUGUUUUUUUAAAUGAGCCCGCCGGCACACUUUUUAAAACCACCUUCAAAAAUUGUUUUCUUCCGAAUGAUGUUUUUAGACAGAAUUUCACAGGGGUUUGGUACCAGUCCUAUUUUUUAUGAGCUAGGUUUAGAUCCUGCGUGCUUCAAAUAGUGUACCGUUUAUGUAUGAGUUAUAUUCAUACAAAUGAAAACAGCAAUAAAGUGUAGUUGCAUAA